GCCCAGAGGAAGUCAGUUCCUGGUGGCUACUGGGCAGCUCAAACAGCUCCUUGCCUCACCCACCAUGGUCCUCCCUCUACCCUGGCUCUCCAGAUGUUGCUGCCGUAGCCUCCUGCCUUCCUGGUCCCUGGGACCCCAGAACUCGAGGCACUGCUCCCAGAGCCCCAAGGCAAGCACAAAGGAGCAGACCAGUUCUACAGGGAAUGAGAAGAUGAGGUCACCUCCUAGGGGUCCCAGGCCCCGCCCCACAGGUGAGCUGGCCAAAGCAGAGGAGUUGCUAGAACAGCAGCUGGAGUUGUACCAGGCCCUGCUGGAAGGGCAAGAAGGGGCCUGGGAAGCCCAGGCCUUGGUGCUCAAGAUUCAGAAGCUUAAAGAACAGAUGAGGAGACAUCGUGAGAGCCUAAGAGAAGACAACUAAACUUUCCACCAAAUCCACUUCACCCUCCAACAAUGAAAAUACUUCUUAGGAACCCUUUUAAUCAGAAAUAUCUUAGCAUUUCCCAGGCCAUUAAGAAAAAAUGUAAGAUACCUCUACUAAGGCUGGAAAUUGAAAAGUGGUAGUCAUGGUCUCUGAAGUCUUUUGUCAUCUUUCCUCCAACCCCCUUAUCCCACCCCCAGGACCCAUAAAGCACAACCCAUAUAGGAACGUACCCAAAUUCAUGCUAUAAAAUAACCUCACCCAAAGUCCAAUAAAGGGAUGAAGCGCUUACAGACACCA